CUCACACUCUGCGACGGUGGGAACGACAUGCCGGUGUGCGAGAGUGUUCCCAGUCCCCUCCUGGGAUUUUACCUCCGGCUGCGCAUGUCUGGUAAGAUGAUCGCAUCUCUAGGCGCUAUAAAUCACAAUGCCUCUCUUGAUGGAUGAUUCCUAGCGUCGUGUCACCUUUUCAUCCCCAGCAUGAACCGCCCUAUUUUCUUGAUUUUUGUGUCGAUUUGCCUGUGGCUGACAUUUUUGCAUCGGGUUUCCGCACUUCACGGUGAUUCUGCUUGUGGCAAAUUCCUUUGUGUGAAUGCCACAGUGCUCUCUGACACAGUCAGAUAUGAACUGACGGCAUUAAAACAACCCUUAGGCUGGGCGGGACUCGGUUUUGGCCGCCGAAUGGCGGAGACUCAUAUGGUUAUAUUGUGGCCUAACGGUGAUGGUUCUGUAACACUUUCGCAACGAUAUGCGGUCGGACAUAGUGAACCUCGUGUAGUAUCAAAUCCGCCACGACUUGCGACGCUUCAGGCCCCAACUGACUCCGCAUGGCAUAUCGUUGAUUCAACUACAUUCGCCUUCGAAAUUGAGAGAGGAACGGGUCCGUAUUCCGGAAAAGACGAUGCAAUGGAGCACUUUAUCUGGGCAUACUCGCAAACGAAUCCUGAAUCUUCUGACCCCGAAGCUGAUAUCACUUUCCACUAUGCCGCUGGCUUCUUGACGCUCGAUCUAAUGAGGGAGCUGGCAAAGACGGAGUCUCCAAGCCCACCUUCAGAGUUGGAUAGCUCAAACGGCGAUUCCACAAGCAUCUCACCGAGUCACGAAAGAGUUGUGAUUGCUCACGGUGCAUUGGUAUCCCUUGGCUUCCUCUUUCUCCUACCCAUGGGCUCUCUCGUUGCCCGCUGGAGUAGGACCUUCACGCCGAAUUGGUUUAAGGUCCAUUAUGCUGUGAAUUUUUGGCUCGGCCUGCCAGUCAUACUCGUUGGUUGGAUACUUGGUCCUGUCGCUGUCUCCGACACGCAGGCUACUCAUUUUCUGGAUUCACAUCAGAUCUGCGGUGCAUUGUUGCUGUUCCUCUACUUAUUGCAGGUAGCUUUGGGACGCUACAUCCAUAACCGCAAAGGACUAUCCGCUCUGAGACAUCCCCCCACUAAUUUUUUACAUGCAACCCUAGGAUUGACGUUAUUGUGCCUGGCUUUUUUUCAGGUACGAAGCGGGUUUCACGAAUGGAAGACUGUAAGUGGAAGAACCUCCGUACCAACGUGGGUCCAUACUCUGUGGUCGUUCUGGGCUUUGGCUGUACUCAUAGCUUAUUUGCUGGGCCUCGCGUUACUUAAGCGCCAAUUUCAGCAAGAAAAACUGGGAAUCAUUACCAACCAAUACGUAGCGUUGAAUGACGAAGUUCGCUUGUCACCGGAUCCUUCUGUCGAUCAUCGCCUAGACGCAUACGAAGAAAAUUCAUUAAAGGAUUUUGAGAGCACACCGUUCUUGUAAAGUAAUAUCACAUUUUAUGUACAAACACUUAUACGGUGAUACAAAUAAAUAUAUAAAGGAUGAGAAAACGUAGUAAA